GAUCGCAGCCCGAUAAAGCUCACCGACUGCAACGCGCUCGAUUUCGAGCGGUUCUUGGGCGUCCUCUAUCCUGCUGCAUUCCAUCAGUACACGGCUUCGACGCUCGAAGAAUGGACGUCUAUCCUGGCCCUCGCUACGCAGUGGGGAUUCGACUCCAUUCGGCUCUUGGCGAUCCGGGAGGUCUUCCCCCUCGCGUCGCCUCUCGACAGGAUCGUCCUGGCGCACAAAUUCGACAUCAAGGAAUGGCUCCUGGACGCGUACCGCGAGGUAUGCGAAAGACAGGCUCCGCUGUCCGACGAAGAGGCAGAACGUAUCGGGGCCAAGGAUACGGCGAGGGUCGCGCGGGUGCGGGAGCGCAGGCGGCUC